AGUUGGAUAUUAGACUAUGGUAUUGGAAGUAUCUGGGGCUGUUGUUGUUUGAAUCUGUAUUGGGUCCUCCACUCCAGCUCAGGGCUUGACAUUGCAACUUGAAUGGCUGAUUCUCAGAGAAGUGGUAUUGCCGAAAGGGAUAUCGAGCAGGCCAUCACAGCUCUUAAGAAAGGCGCAUGUUUACUUAAGUAUGGUCGUAGAGGGAAACCAAAGUUUUGCCCAUUCCGGCUUUCUAAUGAUGAGUCUUUAUUGAUUUGGUAUUCUGGCAAAGAAGAGAAACACGUUAAACUAAGUCAUGUUUCAAGGAUUAUUCCUGGACAGCGUACUGCGAUAUUUCAGAGGUAUCCUCGACCUGAAAAGGAGUAUCAAUCAUUUUCACUUAUAUAUGGUGACAGGUCCUUGGACUUGAUAUGUAAAGACAAGGACGAAGCUGAAGUUUGGUUUGUUGGUCUAAAUGCAUUGAUUACUCGAGACAAUUACUGCAAGUGGAGAACCGAAUUAAUAUCUGACAAUGGAUCAGUUGAUAGUCCUAAUACUCGUACUCGAAGAAAUUCUCCAUCCAUUACUCCAUUUGAUCCAGGAGACACAGAUGGAGUCAACUUUGAGAAUGUUUCACAGAGUAGAUUAGGGAAGGCGUUUGCGGAUAUAGUUACAUAUACUGCAGUCACCAAGCGUUUCAAUCAAGCUGGACCAGUUUUCAAUCCUUCAUUAUCGCCUGCCUCUGUAGAUAACUCCAAUGGUAGAAGCUCUGCAGCUGAAGUAUUUCGAGUUAGCUUAUCUAGUGCUAUAAGCUCAUCCAGUCAAGGUUCUUGUCAUGAUGAUUUUGAUGCUUUAGGUGAUGUUUUCAUGUGGGGUGAAGGCAUUGGUGGUGGCAUAUUGGGUGGCGGUGUGCACAGAGUUGGGAGUUUAUUUGAUACUAAGAUGGAUGCUCUUCUACCUAAGGCAUUGGAAUCGACAGUUGUUCUUGAUGUUCACGGUAUUGCUUGUGGUGGAAGACAUGCUGUGCUGGUCACCAGACAAGGAGAAAUUUUUAGUUGGGGAGAGGAAGCAGGAGGCAGGCUUGGUCAUGGUGUGAAAGUGGAUGUUUCCCAACCAAAGCUCAUCGACGUUAUUAGUGGCUCAAAUGUUGAACUAGUAGCAUGUGGAGAGUAUCACAGUUGCGCUGUCACACUUUCUGGAGAGCUUUAUACUUGGGGAGAUGGAACUCACAGCUCCUCUCUCCUUGGGCAUGGAAGUGAAGUUAGUCAUUGGAUUCCAAAAAAGGUAUGUGGUCCUAUGGAAGGCAUACAUGUAUCGUAUAUAUCUUGUGGACUGUGGCAUACAGCAGUUGUAACAUCAGCUGGGCAGUUGUUUACUUUCGGGGAUGGUUCUUUUGGUGCCUUAGGGCAUGGAGAUCUCAGUAGCACUAGCAUUCCAAGGGAAGUUGAAACUUUGAGAGGGCUAAAAACAACAAGGGUUUCUUGUGGUGUUUGGCAUACUGCUGCAGUUGUGGAAAUUAUAAAUGAGUUAUCUAGUCAUGAACCUUCUGGUAAUUCUUCGUCUGGACAGCUCUUUACCUGGGGUGAUGGAGAUAAAGGGCAACUUGGACAUGAUGAUAAGAAACCUAGACUUGUUCCUGUAUGUGUAACUGCUUUGGUUGACAAGAAAAUUUGUCAAGUUGCAUGUGGCCAUACUCUCACAAUUGCUCUUACAACCUCAGGACAAGUGUAUACCAUGGGAAGUACUGCUUAUGGACAACUGGGCAAUCCUACUGCUGAAGGUAAAGUUCCUACUCAAGUUAAAGGUAAAAUUGCAGAAACCUUUGUCGAAGAGAUUGCCUGUGGUUCUUAUCACGUUGCAGUUUUGACUUCCAAGACAGAGGUCUAUACUUGGGGAAAAGGUUCAAAUGGGCAAUUAGGACAUGGAGACAAUGAUCACAGAGAUGCACCUACUCUCGUUGACUUUCUAAAAAAUAAACAAGUAAAGAGUGUAGCAUGUGGUUCCAACAUUACAGCUGUUAUUUGUCUUCAUAAAUGGGCAUCCAGUGCUGAUCACUCUGUAUGCUUUGGUUGUCAUAAUCCUUUUGGAUUCAGAAGAAAACGCCAUAAUUGUUACAAUUGCGGGUUAGUCUUUUGCAAAGUAUGUAGCAGCAAAAAAUGUAUGAAAGCUGCGCUGGCUCCAAACAUGAAUAAGCCGUAUCGAGUGUGUGAUGAUUGUUAUACCAAACUACAGCAGGCCAUGGAAAGUAGUUCCAUUCUGCGAAAUACUAAGAGCAGAAACGGAAAUGGGCACCAUAAAACUGUUGAGGUAGCAGAAAGAGAGACCCGGGGUCCUAAAUUACAGGCAACACUCUCCAGGUUCUCAUCUUUUAGUUCAGCCAAUCAAGUUGAAAGCUGGCAUUCCAGGGGUGAGAAUCAAUUAGAAGCCAACUAUAGCUACGUCUUUCCUCUUCUAAGUGGAGCUCCAAAUUCUGUAGCUGGAGGUCCUAAGAAAGUUACAGCUGCUUCUGUCCCCGUGUCCAGAGUGAUUUCUCGAGCAACAUCACCUAUUUCAUUAAAGUUAAGCCCACCUUGGUCUUCUGAAGAAACAGAUUUAAAGCAUGCAAAUGAAAGUUUGAACCAAGAAAUUAUGAUUUUAAGGGCACAGGUAGAAGAUCUUACUCACAAAUCCCAGAAUCUUGAAGCUGAAUUGGAGAACACGGCAAAGCAAUUGAAUGAGGUGACUGCGAUAGCAGCAGAUGAAGCGGAAAAAAGCAAAUCUGCUAAGGAGGUUAUAAAAUCUUUAACUGCUCAGUUGAAAGAGAUGGCAGAAAGACUGCCGGAAGGCCACACUAUAAGCUGUAGUACGGUCCCAACUGCCGCACGUGACACAAAUUUUUCAAAUCAGAUAUCAUAUGAGACCACUUUGACAAAUAUGAACACUCCUGAAAGAGAAUCCAAUGGCAAUUCCGUGAACCAAAUCUUAUCUAACGGAUCUAAAGCACAACAAACUGGAAAAACAGAGUGGGUGAUGCAAGAUGAACCUGGCGUUUACAUAACAUUGUCUUCGUUGCCUGGAGGUGGUAAUGAACUCAAGCGCGUUCGCUUCAGUCGAAAACAUUUCACCGAGGAACAAGCUGAGAGAUGGUGGGCUGAAAAUGGGGCCAAAACUUGCGAACGGCACAAUGUAAGAAGUGAGUAGUGUGCGCAUCAUUCUAGUUACACGAGGAACAAGAGGAAACAAGAAAAAAAAGGGCAAGCCUACAAUGACCAUUUCCGACGACCUCUCCUCUGGAAACUGUAAAUUUUCCCCCUCUUGCAGUGGAGUUUACCUCAGAAAGAUCUUUUUGUUCUUUUUUU